GAAGAUGGCGGCCUCGGCCGGCUGGGCCUCGCUGUGCGAGCGGUUCCGCAGCGCCGUCAGCCUCUCGUACGUGGAGUCCAAGAACGACCCGGAGACCGAGCCGUACCGCUCCAAGUACGCGGCGCGGGAGCUGCUGGAGGGCGUCAAGCAGCUGCUGGCCGCCGAGGAGGCCGAGGGGCCGCCGGGCGAGGAGGGCCAGGAGGGCGACGGCGAGGCGGGGCGGCUGCAGGCGGUGCGCAGGGCCGCGGUGGAGUACGAGCUGGGCUCCAACUACACCGACACGCAGGAGUGCUCGGCGGGCGAGGAGCACCUGCUCAAGUGCGUCAGGCUGCUGGAGCGCCACCGCCUCUGCCGGGAGGGCGUCUCCCUCUACAUCCAGGCCCAGAAUAACCUGGGUAUCCUGUGGUCAGAAAGAGGUGACAUUAAGACAGCGCAGACUUAUCUUGAAUCUGCAGAGGCCUUGUAUAAUCAGUACAUGAAAGAGAAUGGGAGCCCUCCACUUGAUACCAAUGAACACUUCAUGCCGCAGGAAGAGAAACUAACAGACCAAGAGAGGUCAAAAAGAUUUGAGAAGGUCUGUACUCAUACGCUGUAUUAUCUGGCCCAAGUCUACCAACACCUGGACAUGACUGAGAAGGCCGCACAGUAUUGCCACACCACCCUGAAACGGCAGCUUGAGUAUAGUGGCUACUCUCCAGUGAAAUGGGCUCUCAAUGCAGCUACUCUGUCUCAGUAUUAUCUCACGAAGCAAUGCUUCAUGGAAUCCAGGCAUUGUUUAGCAGCCGCCAGUGUCAUCUUUGCUCAAACUGGACAGGUGCCAUCUGUGGAGGACAAUGACACAGAGCAAGACCAGCAAGAUCUUCAGCAGAGGAAAGCAGAAAUUGCAAGAUGUUGGAUUAAGUACUGUUUGAACCUCUUGCAGGGAGCUCGGAAGUUGCUUGAGGACAACAUUGGUGAGCUGGAUCCGGACAGGCAGUCAGAGCUGAUAGCCCAGCGGAAGAAAGAAGAGGACGAGAAAGAGAAAGGAAGGAAAAAAGCGGUCCUCUUUGGGACUAGUGAUCUGUGCGACUCCAUUUUGGCCAUGGAAGAGAAAGUGAGCUGUGUGUUUCCUUUAGACUUUCAGGAAGCCAGAGAAGUCUUCCUGGUGGGUCAGAAUUAUGUCAGUGAAGCAAAGGAGUUCUUUCAGGUAGAUGGGUAUGUUACCGACCACAUUGAAAUUGUGCAGGACCACAGUGCCUUGUUCAAGGUGCUUGCGUUCUUUGAAGAAGAUUAUGAGAGGCGCUGCAAGAUGCACAAGCGUAGGAUAGAUAUGCUGGAGCCCAUCUGUGUGGACUUGAACCCACAGUAUUUUCUGCUGCUCAGGAGGCAGCUGCAGUUUGAACUGGCAGAUACCUAUUAUGAGAUGAUGGAUCUGAAAGUGGCCAUCGGAAACAGGCUAGAGGAGCUUGACUCCCACACCAUUAAAAAAAUCAAUUCUCUUGCCCAGAUGGCCAUAAAAUGCUAUGAACUGUUUUUGGAUUCCCUGAGGAACCCUGACAAGGUUUUCCCUGAAACCCUUGAGGAAGAUGUUCUUCGCCCUGCCAUGGUAGCCAAGUUUCACAUUGCACGCCUAUACGGCAAGCUUAUUACUUCCGAUGGCGUGAAACAGUUGGAGAACAUGCAGACGUCAUUGGAAUAUUACACAUUUCUGGUAGAGUACUGCGAGAAGCAUGCAGAUGCUGUCCCGGCCAUUGAAACCGAGCUAGAACUCAGUAAGGAAAUGGUGGUUCUUCUCCCAACAAGAAUGGAAAGGCUAAGAGCAAAACUUCCUUCUUAAAACUCUUUCCUACGGUGGAAAUGUGCAAUAUUAAAAUGAUCUCUGUCCAAAGAGAGGGCUUCCCUUGUGGCAGAUGCCUUGUAGUAAUCGGACAUUUCCUGCUAUUGUGAGCUCCCACUGUGACAGGCAGCCUAGGACCCUCGUGAAAUGGAAAACUGUCCCAUGUUAGAGUUCUCCCACACUUCAACGCUAAUUAUACAGUGAAUGGUCAACCGGUGCUCUGUAUUGCCUGCUCUGUACUGAAGUGCAAACCUUCCUGCCUUAUGUUCCCUCUUCCACUAUGUGGCCCGGUUUCUAACGUAAUGCUGUUCUCCACUUGUUUCUGGUGAAGGGGAACUUUUUGAAUGGCUUGUGUUUACAAUCUAACCCACCUCCACAAAAGAGGCUUUAGG